UGAAAAUAAAUCAGAAAUAAAAUAAAGAUGAAAGGCAGCUAUGAUCCUAUCCCGGACACCUGGUUUGAAAUGGAGAACAGAAUAAGAGAUAUUUUGGGUGAACUUAUGAGGCCAAUUAGUAGCCAAAUGGGAGAAAUCCUGGAAACAUGCACAGAAUUUGAAGAAGAACAUGUCGAACACAAGAAAAAUUUCGAGAGGCAUGGUGAUAUGAUCAAGAAAUUAAAGCACCAGUGAGAUGAAAUACCUUCUAUCCAGAAUUCAAUUGUAGAGCUUAAUACCAGACUAACGGAGAAACAAUUUGCUUUGACUAAAAAGACAGACCAUAUAUUAAAUGAAAUAACUGCGAACGAGGAAAGAACAAGGCUCAUCAAGGAAGAUACAAAGGCAUUGACUGAUCUCAACGAUGCUUUAAGAGCAGACAUAAAGCAAUGCCGAAAAAUGACAGGGUCUUACCAUGAUUCCUGAAUUACUAAGAUCAAUCAAGCGAGUGCCAAAUUUAAUGAUGAUUACAUUGAUAUAAUUGAGAGGUUUAACAAACUUAAAGCCAAUGAAGAGCAUUACAGUAAUAUUAUUUCAUACCAAAGAGACAAGGUCAAUGAAAUCUCUGCAGAACUGGAAUUAUGCAAGAGAAAUAUCAAAAGCUUGAAUGUCAACCUUGAGGCAUCUAUUGAAAACACAGCAGCUAAGGCAGACUACAUUCAAGAGAAAAAGACAACCAGGCACGAACUGAUGAUGAAUAGAGAAAGGACUUUUCAACUGGAAACCGAGCUGAAGAAGAUCAAUGAGCUUAGUAGUUUCGUUCAGAAAGAGGUCCCAAACAAGGUGAAUUACAUGAUUGCAGAGAUUCUUGAUUACGUGCUCCUGAAAAGAGGGGAUAGAGAAAGAAUCAGGAAAUACAUUAAGUAUAAAAGCCAGAAUUGGCCUGAUAUUGAGAAAAUGAAACUCCAAGUAAUGGAGUCUACAACAAACAGAAGACAGUCAGUUGUCGAUAGCUCUCCCUCAGAAUUUAUUGAAAAAGCCCAGAGAUUCAACUCCGAACGCUCUGAGAACGAUCAAAGUAUAGCUUCAGAUUCCCCAUAUGAACAUCAGAAAUCUCUCAAUUUUGCUGACAAUAAGCUGCAGAGUCUAAAAUCAAAUGAGCUGAACAAUUCCCUGCCUGAGCAACAGCUAGUGCCUAGUUCUAAGAAGAGGACAUUUCCAGUGACCCAGAUGCUUAAAAAUAAGCCAGAAAGGAGAAGUAAAAGACUAUGGUCAAAGGAUGAAAAUGAUAGCUUGAGUGAUGAUGAAAAGCUCUCAAAAAUGAGUUCCAAUACUAAAAACUCGGUGAGAACUCCAAACUCAAAUUCACAUGUUGUUUCUUCUUUUGAAAAACAGAGUCCAGUUUCUUCAAGUUUUAACAAAACAGCUUCUCCUAGCAUUAACCUUCCACUCAAAGGACUCAACAAAGUGAUUGAAGAGGAUGAUGAGGAUAGGAUAGACUCUCCUGAUGAGAAAAAGCGUGUACCUCCUCAUCUAAACCCCGAAGGAUCACAGAUAAUCCAAGUUGAAAGACUUCCUGCUAAAAAUCGGGACAAUAUCGAAUCCUCUAGUGAAGACUUUGAGAAGUCAGGCUCUUCAGGGUCAACCCCUCGAAUAUUUCACUCUAACCAGAAGAUCAAGCUUUCGAGAGCGGAUACGAUCCAGAGUCCUAAGAAGGAGGCUGGCAAGCCUCCUAGGAAUCGGCAGGCUACACUGCCUCUGACUUUAGUAGAAGAAGGAGAUACUGAUAGUGAAAAUACAGUUAAUGUCCAAGCAACUAUAAAGACAGUUACAGAGGUUGUUGACCAAAAGCUACAAGCUCAAAGCCAACUUCUCACUAACACAAUCGCCACAAAAUUUGAAGAAGAAGGAACUAAACUUGACAAUAAAGUAAGCAAAGAAGAUGACGCUAUAGGUUGACAAAAUCAGGUAAGAUCCUAAUCCAGGCUCCCAACAGAGUAAAGAGGUUCAACUCUGAAAUCCUCAGUGUAGUUCCACAAUCAGCCUCAUGAAAAUGGAUGAAAUUUGGAGUGCUAGAAUACUCUUUUUAUACCUAUACUAUUGAUCUAGAGCAGAAGAGACCUCUAAGUAUUUAUGAGUAGUUUUCUUCCCAAGAAUAUUUGUCUACAAAGACCAUACUAUUUUUAAAUCAUUAAUGUCUUGAAAAUAUAUCAGGUUCUGCUUCUUUAAGACAGAG